GUUAUUGUUCCGUCAUACUGGGAAGAGCAUGCAGUCAAAAUAAAGUUGAUGUUGUACUGAGACAUAAAAACAUUAGCGAUGUAUCUCACACAGGAUUUAGAACUGUUUCCCGAAUACACGGUGACUCAGCUGCUCUUCAAAGAUGUGAAAAAUGCGACGGAGCUCAGAAAAAUGGCAGUAAAUGGAGAAAUAAAAGGCGCCUUGAUCAAUCCAUCAAUGGUUGUGGAUGCAUUCCAGAUUUUGGUGGCAACAAAUAAAGCAGUUCACCUUCAUAAAAUCGGGAAAAUGAAAACCAGAAGCCUUUACUCUGAAAUCAUUUUUAAUCUUUCACCAACAAACAAUAUAUCUGAAGCAUUCAAAAGGUUCGGAAUCUCCGACAGCGACACCGCGGUUCAUAUUGUGUUAGUGCACAAUAAAGAAGAGCCCCUUAACAUUGAUGACAUCAUCUCAAAGGUGGACGGACAGCAGAUUGAUGUUGGUCAAGUGUCCGAAUUCACUGAUACUGCAAAGAUAAAAAAGCUCUACAAAAUCACACCACAAGAGGAAAAGUGCGGCAGUCUUUUGGAUGCUGUUGUUUGCAGGAUGGCCACUAAAGAUGUGGCAUAGAUAACGUGUUUGUGUUUUAAUAUAAACAAAUGCACUUGCAUCAUUUCUUGCAAUUCUUCAGUUUUGUAAACUCACCCUGUUUAAAUAAAUACU